GCUGCCGACGUCACCAUGAGAGCGGCUCCUACCGCUGCUCCGGAGCUCGGCUCUUUUGCAUUGCACUCCAGAUUCACCCUGAAUCCCGAGGGAGGGAGGGAGGGAGGGAGGAGCGGGUCUAGCCGGAGAGAGCGCAUCGGCUGCAGCUGCAGGAACGGGGCGAAGGACAGCUCCAGCGCCAUGCUGCCUUUGUGCAAAGUUGGCGGGCGGCUCUCUGGCAUUGCGCGCCCCGCGUAAGGAGCGGCUGCUGCUGCCGCCGGGGGCCGCCGCCGUUGCUCAGCCGCGGAGGCUGCAAGGCACCAGUCCCUGCCGGUCUCCGGUACAUGGAUGCUGACAUGGACUACGAAAGACCUAACGUUGAAACCAUCAAGUGUGUGGUUGUUGGUGACAAUGCAGUGGGGAAGACUCGCUUAAUUUGUGCAAGAGCAUGUAACACCACCCUAACGCAGUAUCAGCUGCUAGCAACUCACGUUCCUACAGUCUGGGCAAUUGAUCAGUAUCGAGUCUGCCAAGAGGUUCUUGAACGUUCCCGGGAUGUUGUUGAUGAAGUGAGUGUUUCUCUCAGGCUCUGGGACACAUUUGGCGAUCAUCACAAAGAUAGGCGCUUUGCUUAUGGAAGGUCCGAUGUUGUUGUCCUGUGUUUUUCCAUUGCUAACCCUAACUCCCUGAAUCAUGUGAAAACCAUGUGGUAUCAAGAAAUCAAGCAUUUCUGUCCUCGCACACCUGUUAUUCUGGUUGGUUGCCAACUGGAUCUUCGAUAUGCUGAUCUGGAAGCUGUAAACCGAGCCAGAAGGCCAUUAGCAAGGCCUAUCAAACGGGGAGACAUCUUGCCACCAGAAAGAGGCAGAGAGGUUGCCAAGGAGCUUGGGAUACCAUAUUACGAAACCAGUGUAUUUGACCAGUUUGGCGUCAAGGAUGUGUUUGAUAAUGCCAUUAGAGCUGCCCUGAUCUCCAGGAGACAUCUACAGUUCUGGAAAUCGCAUUUGAAGAAAGUUCAGAAGCCUUUGCUUCAAGCUCCAUUUCUACCUCCAAAGGCACCUCCUCCGGUUAUCAAAAUCCCAGAGUGUCCCAUCACCAGUAUCAAUGAAGCCGGAUACUUAUUGGACAAUCCAUUGUGUGCAGAUGUCAUGUUUAUCCUCCAGGAAGAUACUCACAUUUUUGCUCACAAGAUCUACCUAGCUACCUCCUCUUCAAAGUUUUAUGACCUUUUUUUAAUGGAAUGUGAAGAAACCCCAGACUUAUCUGAAACUCCUUGCAAUAAAGAAAGGGCCAGUAGAAGCUUUAUGGCCAGAAAAUGCAGCCUUGAAACAGAUGACAGUAGUGAGAUGGCAACCUUAAAAUCUUCGAAUGCCAAACUCACGUCAUUAGCAGUUGGUGGUAACCCUUUAACAAGGUUAGAGCUUGAAGCAGGGGAAGCCAGUUGCCUGAAGCAAGCGCCAACAUUUUUGGGCAAAGGCUUUGUUAGCAUGCAUAGAGAAACGCAAGUCAACCCUGUUUCAAAGAGGACUUGUGCUGUAACAGUGGUCAAGACAGAUGCUUCUAUUCAGCCUGGGCCUUUUAAAACUGUUCUGCAGUUUUUGUACACAGGGCAGCUGGAUGAAAAUGAGAAGGAUCUUACCAGAGUAGCUCAGAUUGCUGAGAUAUUGGAAGUGUUUGACCUGCGGAUGAUGGUGGAAAACAUUACGAAUAAGGAAGCCUUCAUGAACCAGGAAAUUACAAAGGCUUUCCAUGUCAGAAAAGCUAACAGGAUAAAAGAAUGCCUCUCUAAAGAAACAUUUUCUGAUGUGACGUUUAAGCUGGAAGAUGGAAACAUUAAUGCUCACAAGCCACUACUGAUCUGUAGCUGUGAAUGGAUGUCUGCAAUGUUUGGAGGAUCGUUCAUUGAAAGCUCAAACACUGAGGUUGUUCUUCGCAAUAUAAACAAGACUUCCAUGCAAGCAGUUCUGGAUUAUCUGUACACCAAGCAGCUAUCAUCCAGUCAGGAGUUGGAUAUGCUUGAAUUAAUUGCACUGGCAAACAGAUUUUGCCUCCCACACUUGGUUGCGCUUGCAGAGCAGCAUGCUGUGCAGGAGCUUACCAAAACAUCAGUGAGUGGUGUUAGCAUAGAUGGAGAUGUGCUGUACGAUUUGGAAAUAGCCCAGUUCCACAAUGCUAACCAGCUGGCGGCUUGGUGCUUGCACUAUAUCUGCACCAACUACAACAGUGUUUGUUCCAAAUUCCGAAAGGAAAUCAAAACUAAAUCUCCUGAUAAUCAGGAAUAUUUCGAGAGGCACCGCUGGCCUCCUGUGUGGUACCUUAAGGAAGAAGAUCAUUUCCAGCGUAUUAAAAAGGAAAGAGAAAAGGAAGACAUUGCACUGAAUAAACAUCAUUCAAAACGAAAGUGGUGCUUCUGGAAUUCCUCCACAGUUGUUGUCUGAGAAAAGGAGAGGCAAACCUAUCAAUAGAGUGGCUUGGAGAACAUUUCUUUAGAGGAAGUCUUAUCAUGAAGGAGAGCACCUCAGUCCACUGAGAACCAUUCUUGUACCAGAUGCCAUUGAAGUAAAUGGGGGUUCAUUUCAAUGGUGCUUCCACAGACGUUUCUGGUGGGUUGUGCAGAAGAUGUUUGGGGCACUUGUUUUUAUUCCACCUGUGUGCAUUUAUCAUCUCUAAGGUCAACAAGCACAAGCUCACCUGAAGUGGGUGUGAAACUGCUCCUUAAAAUGUCAAACGUUUGUAUUUUUGUUUGUUUAUAAGCUAAAAUACUGUAUAAAAUCAGUAUUGCUUUUCUUUUUCUUUCUUUUUUUAUACAAACCGACAACAAACCCCAGCAAUUAAUAUUUCAAUCUCCAAAGUGGACAGUAUUUUUAUACAGUUGUGUAUGUAUGUGAAGGUCUUUAUUUCAGCAUUGUUCUUUCACAGACCACAGUUAUUGUGGAACUCUUUGAUUUAGACUAUGUUUCUUUUGUUUCUCCUCUUGCAAGUACAAUGAAAUAUGAUGAACAUCUCUGACAAACCUCCCUGGCUUAAAUUGCCAUCCUAGCAACAAACCAACUCUUGCUAGGCAACUGCCCCCCCCCAACUUCUUUCCAAACCCUAUGUAUUCACAACAAUUAGAUCCUUAUUCUUUCUGAAGUAAUGGGAUGUAACAUGAUCCAGUGACAACAAAGUUAUACAGAAUUUAUAUCUUUUUUUUCUCCAGCUGAAGAAUAUGAAGUGUAAUUUACCUUUUCAACUGCACCCGAUGUAUUCCCAGUAUUUGCCAUUUAAGGACAGAAUGCAACAGCCGUGUGAAAUUUAAUACUUCCUCUUUUAUGUGUUCCAUGGCUUUCAAUGUCUUUAUUUUCAAAAGGACCAUUUUAAAAUAAUUAGAAGACCUCAUUACACUUAUGUCUUUAUCCACUGCAGAUUUCCUAGGGACCUAAACCUAAAGGCAGUAAGACUUUUAGUUAAUUACUUGGUUUGUUUCUUUAUAGAUGGCUACGCCUUUUAAAGAAAUAUCUGUAUAUUUAAAACUGUUUGCUUGCUUGUUGAAUAUCCACAUGUUAAGUAAGGGCUGUGGAGAUAAGUUGAUCCCUUCUGUUAUAUUCAUAUAGGAGCGACCCACCCACCUAUUCACUGUCAGUGGUUUUCUGGCCCAAAUAAUCUCCGAGCACCGAAACAGACAUGAUGGCAGCAUGGGCAAACUGCUUGCCUCUGUAAGAUGUUCCAAGUG